UUGACAAGAGGAUGUGAUAAGCACGUAAUAGAUAGCUGCUAACCCCUCUUACUUAAGAGAUGUGCCCGCUGUCCGUUUGACAAUAUCAUCUUCAGUGCAGAGGCAGGGAGGUUACGCAGUUCAAAAAAUCAUAUCUUUUAAAGACAAAGAGGGCAAAGAACCAACACCGCCAACAUGGAAGGAAGGGCUCUUAUUAUAUGUCUCCUCUGGGCCAGUUUCUUUGCAAAAAGACCAGUAGCAGCUAUGGAAAACAUGAAAAGUGAGUCCAGAGAAACACACCUGCCUUCUUUGCUCUUGAACAAUCAAGGUAAGAGAUAUAAACCUCUCAAGUAUUAAGUGUCGUCAAUAAAAAUCAUCUAGAAGGUUCGUUCCAUAUCUUUGAGGCUAAUUCGUCGACAAGAUGAUUUCCUUCUGUAGGAUUCAAUUUUCUCUUAAAGUCCGUUAAAAAGUAAUAUUUGACUUGCUCCUUGCAGUUCUCGCUGUAAAUAUGUUAGAUUUAAGUUUUCUUCAGGUUCGGUUUUUUUUUGGCUUUUUUUUCCCUUGAUGUUGGCAACUGGUUCAUGGAGGUAUUUGUCACCGACGGACGGCUGACAAGCCCUUUCCCGUUUCUUUGGAAGAUAUUGAAAAACCACAGGAGGUCAUUCUUCUUUUGGGUCAAGGCUAGAGAACCAUGUGUGCAUCAAAUAGUUUUCACCUGAAAUUAAACCGAAUUCUCCCGGAAACCGUUGGAGAAAGAUCUCCUACUUUUAAAAAGUUAUAAUAUAACCCUCUGCAGUAUGUAAUUUUCCCUAUCAAACCGUCUCAAGGCCUUUUGAACACUUAGUUGGUAGAGAACCACAACACACAGAGGAAAUUCACUUCUCAUCACCACAGUUUUGAUUCUACUCAUUAUCCUUGUCUGUGUCAUUUCACUUGACCUCAGCGGCAAUCACGGGUCUUUCGGUUAUUGAUAUAUCUCCAGUAAACACACCCAUUGCUCUAGAAAAAUCUGUAAAAUUGAGAUCAUUUUUUAAAACAAUUAUUUGCCAAAUAAUCUUGGUGAAGAGGUAAAUGGCCUACACGAGACGGUUCCAAUGUCUCAUACGGGUCAGUUGUUUAAACCAUUUAUUGGCUUACUUAAAAUAGCGGUUUAAAGGAGUCUAUAUGAUCAAAAUGAACUGUUAGUACCAAACUGUUUCGAAAAGUAAUGACAUUUCUAAUAAAUUGGUGACUCGAGCAUAAAACCUAUAUCAUGUUUUUAGGAUUUUGAAAUCAUUGAUAGACGAAUGAACAUAGGCACAUUUAUCCAUUUCUACCUUCUUAAGUAGUCUUUCACUUACUCCUCUUGAAUCUUUGCUUCCAUCUGCCAUAGUGAAAAAAAAAAAAAAAAUAAAUUAAAUGAGAUAAGUAAAACAUACACCCCAAGUAAGCAUUAAAAGAUCGCACCAAGGGAAGCCAUGUAACUUUGGGAGUGGCUGUUUGCUUCUACGCAGCAAAUAGCGAAGAAGUUUGAAGUUUAUCAUCACAAAAAGGUUCAAUGUCUAAAUUUGCAGAGACGAAAUCUAGUCCUGUUUCCUUUUUUUACUUAGUACUUAAAUUUUAGAUUGGAAUCGCCAGGCGUAAUUACGCAAUGUUGCUCUUAUCGUAUUUCAGUUUGCAGUGUAAACGUUCCAAAUUGUGCCUCGUGUCUCGACCAUAGAACAUGCCAUAGAUGCCAGGAUGGCUUUACUUUGCUUGAAAGUUAUUGGGGUGCAAGCUGUGUAGAAAGCUGUCCAGACGACUUCACUGCGAUACAGACUGAGGACAACGGUGUCAUCUGUAGAACUACUGAAGGUAGAAACGUCAUGAUUUCAUCAACUGACACUCUCAGGAAAACCCUUCUCUGAAAAACGUCAAGAUAAUCCUCUUUUAUAACAUAGCAAGUAUCAAGCUGUAAGACACAAAUCUCAAGGGUGGUUAUUGAAACACACAUCAUCUUUUGGUUUACGAACUCCGUAUAGACCGUCUUCAAUUUAGCCAAAUGUUUUGUCUGAAAUCUAUAUUUAUGGCCAUUGUCAAGACGGCCAAUAGAGAGCAUUUGAAAAAAAAACUUAUUAAGCGAGAAUUCUCGUGGUUCCUUUGUCUAAAACCGCGGCCCAAGUUAAUCUUCAUCCCAAUAACCGACCCUAAAAAUAUAAUAAUUGGAUUCAUGAAUUUUAGAUCAUAGAAUAUUAAAGGACGAUUCAUCUUCUUCCAAAUCGUUUACUUGUACGAAUGACCCAAUUUUCUGUCCCUUGGUUAUAAAUAGGAUGCAGUAGGAUACCGCAUUGUUCCCAGUGUGAGGAGCAGUUCGAUGAUAUCUGCGACAGAUGUGAAGACGGGUAUCUACUUAUGCAGCAAGGGACUGGUGCCAAGGUUCAAUGCGUGGCUUCUUGUCCCGCGGGUUUCGUGAAACACGGGACCAAAUGCAGGCCAGGUAAGCAAUACAGUUGUUCGUCUUGAAAUUCAUUAAAGGUAUAUCUUCUACACUAGUAUUAAACAAUAGUUCUAUCAGCGAUAUUUUUAAUCUUAACUUACAGAAAUGUGCGAAGACUUCUUUUGUUCUCGUUGUAAAGAUGGUUGGGUUCUACAGUACAAACAAGGAACAAAGUGUCUGUCCAACUGUCCGUCCGGGUUCUUCAGAAAAGAAGACAUGUACAGCGGUCAGCCUUACUGUGAAAGUAAGAAACAUUAUGCGUUGAUUUAACCCUGAUUUCUUAGUUACGUCUUGUUCUUAGGAAAGGCGGUUAGCUAUAAAUUAAUUUGGGGUUUCUUCUGCGAAGGAUUAUUCCCCCCACCCCCCCCCCCUCCCCCCCCCCCCUACCCCCCCAUACCCCCUACCCCCCCACACGAGAAGGAUGUUAUGGGCUAUAUGCAUGGAGAGGAAAAUUUCUUUUGCAAGUCGUACGCCGUAAUUUAAUAGGUUAACGGAUAGAAAAGAAGAUUAUGAAAAAUAAUCUCUCCCUCUCUCUCUCUCUGUUCGGUCUAGUGUGCAGGGCGAAUUGCAAAAGUUGUCAAGAUUCUUACAAUUGUGAUGUUUGUGAAAGUGACUUUUACCUUAUCAAGGAUGUGUUUUCCAAGUGCUUACUUAGUUGUCCAGCUGGAUUUCUUGCUGGUUAUAGUCUGGAGUCUGGUAAUGUGUGCAACAAAGGUAAGCGAGGAAUAGGUUAUUACCGAGAUGGACCGCUUUAUCUUAAGGCUUAAUCCUUACUUCUCAAUUUUACCUAUAAAUUCUUUAAAUGAUCUCUCACAGGAGAUGAGUUCCUGUCGCUCGUGAAUAAUGUCAUCUGUCCACAUAACGAAUCAUAACAGGAGGAAAUGCCUCAGUGUAAAAAUUCGCUAAACGAUAUCGGCUUUUUCCUGAUCCUCCACGGAUUCCUCAAAACCAGAGUGAUAUUAAAUCAUCUUAAGAGAUAUUUAUGUUUUGAAUUAGGAUUCUACGUGCACCGUGUCCACACUCCUCAAACCUGUCAUCUCCUGCCGAUACGUAAAAGGGUAAAAAAACGGUGAACAGCACUACUAAAACUAUAACAAAAUAUUAUAUGAAAUGAAAUAAUAUAUAUAUAUAUAUAUAUAAUAAUACGAUAAAAAUGCAUUUCUAUAAGCUUGAAGUUGGUUUUGCGUAUAUAUAUUUGGCCAUGCACAUAAAAAAAAUUAAAAACAGCGCCAUUGCAGGUCGCUUUCUUCUGUCUUAUCAGAGGGUAACUAAUUGUUACCAACUAGGGACUAGAACUGAGUUUUCCCUUUGAAGUAGGAGAUAGAGCAGCAAAAUAAGAUAGCUUGACUGGUCUCUCUGAAAUUAGUUUGUUGACAUCAAAGACGCAUUUAAUAAGACUUCCCCCCUCCACAGCCAAAAAUGAAUAAAGAAAUAAAUGAUGUAAAAGGUGUUUUACAAAGGUACCAGCACCUUAAUGAAGAAUAUUCGACCUCUUCGCGCCUUUUGAAAUUUAUGUUUCUACUCGGAUACUUAGACACACGUGGUUGCUUGGACGAAACUUGUUCGCACUGCCAGGAUGGUUGGUAUCGAGUUCGUAUCAGGAGAGACUUUCAUUGUCGACAAAAAUGUCCUACAGGAUAUUUUGAGAUUAUGAGAGAGGGGAAACCAAAGCUUUGUGGACGUAAGUAUUAACAACAAUAAUAAUAACAAUAAAGUUUGGCAGGAAAAUAUAAGCAAGAUAAUGACAAAUGGGAAACAAAAAGGAAUGGGAUGGGUAGCUGCUUUGAAGGCUAUUUCUUGUUACCUGUUAGACAGAUUUUUUCACACCGUACGUUAAAUAUUCUAACCGCACAAACAUAUCUUUCUCUUUCCUUAACUACAUAACGUCAAAGCUUGAUACUAAUUUUUUGGAUUUUUGUUUAUGUUUUAAGGGUGCCCGUAUAACUGUCAGAAAUGCCUUAGUCGCCGAGAAUGUAAGCAGUGUAAGGAGGGCCUUUUCAGUGUUGUGCGAGGUGGCAGACUGUAUUGUGUUUGGCAUUGUCCUCGAGGAUACAUUCCUCUGGAAGAUGAUGGGAAAUCAUGUGUGAGGGGUAAACCUAAAUCCUUUCUCAUUUCUUUCAACAACGUCGUAUCAAAAACUUCCUACCAUUUUUUUCUUAAGCAGAAGCGCAGUAUCUUUCGUACGUUUCUGGAUACAUAUUAUCGCACUACAGUUUCCGAUCAAAUUUAGAGGGGGUUUCCCUUGAGGAACGCGUAUUGGUUUGGAAGAACAAAAUUUGCCUCAGUGCAUCUAUUCUAGAGAUCACGUGGUGGAAUAGAUGACACCGUUUUAAAGGCCACUUUAGUUUGCCCAAUGAACAGUCAAUAUGUGGUUUGCUUACUCAAACGUCGUUUAACUGACACCUUCACACCAAAAAUCAAAUUUUACCGCCCCUUGGUGAACAUUUAAAGAUGUCUGUUAUAUAUUCCAAUAGUAUUUUUUACAUUAGCGUGUUACUGGCAUUUUUAUUCUUGACAGGUUCUUUGAUUUAUCGCUUGAACAAUUAAGAUGUAAGGUUUCAAAAGUAGGGGGGCGGGGGUUACAUUUACCCCGGAAGCCAUUGGGAACCCACUUCCCCCCCACUACCCUCGUCUGCGCCAUUUCUGUAGUCAUGUUGGUUUGACUUCGCUGUACUUCAAACCUUAUACUUUUAGCACUUAAUUUUCCUAAUAAGAUUUGUUUAAUUUCAGCAAAUGACGAUCUUUCUGGACGCUUAUAAGCUGAAGGAUUAAACAGUUUCAGUUAUCACAUGCAUAGGAGUUGUGGAACAAUCUCCGUCUCUUUAUUUGAAGAUUUCAUAAAUGUAAAAAACGUUCUGCGAUAGUUGGCUGUUUGGUUUUCUUACUGUUUUUAUGUAACUCUUAAACGAACUUUUCACCCAGUUUGCCUCACGUUGAAAAGACACUAUUACAUCAAAUGUUAAUC